UGGGACUUGCGGAGGAGGACAACUUCUUCUAGAUUCCUUCCAGAAAACUGUAGGAAGGCGACGGCUAUAACUCAAAACCGCCACAGCAAACACUACCUGGACUGAGAUAGACGACGACAGCGCAACGUGUGGCUUGUACAGAGCUUUUUCCUGGAUGAUAAUCGGGCUGGUGUGAUGCGUGAGGAGCCGCAGUCAAGAAACUCCCCUGAUUUUUCCGCGUCUGUUUCUGCCCUGACUGUCAGUUAGCCGGUUAGCUGUUCGGCAGCAAACCCCUUCAUGCUAACAGUCGCUUGCAGGGCUCCGUAGUAGCCAAACCACUGGCUAGCUUGUUGCUUUAUUUGCUCCAGGAGACAGGGAUGGCAUUUCGCCCCCACUCGGUAAGCGAACUGGUCGAGAAGGGUGGGGAGAAAACAUUUGAGGACCUAGAUGAUAAGUUUGUCAGCACUCACUAGCCUAGCCUAGCCUAGCCUAGCUUGCUGGUACAACGCCAGAAAACGUUGGCCGACAGUUAGCGCUUCGCCUGUCCACUAGCGAGCUAGCCAAUUAGCAUUUUAGUUGCACAAGAAGACCAGCUAAUCCCCGGUUCAUCCCGGCUGAGUGUUUGAAACCUCUGCACUAACUAAUUCAGACGAAGAGUGGGCACUGAACUGCUUUAGUUGGCGGACCUUUAAUUGACCGUUAAUGUAUUACAACUCAGGGUGUUUUGGUAUUCAGUCUUGCUAGGUGUCGUUAGCAAUCUUAUAGGUGUACUCUGGAGGGAGUGGUAACGUUAGGUAGCUAGCUAAGGUUCCCUGUAUCAGGGCAACAAGGUCACUCAGAUUAUGACAAGCUGUAAAUGACAAAAAAGAUUACAGAUGACACAUUACUGAACGCCAAACGUGUGUAAACCGACUGGCGUGUAGCACAUCGUUGAGUGUGCCUGUUGUUAGCUUGCUGCAAGACAAGACUUAACCCAGCUAGAGAGCGCGCUAUAAUUUAGUUAACUGAUCCUGAUAGACAUCAAAUAGUUUCCUGAACUGACAAGGCACUUGAUCAACAGUCACAAUUAUUGACGUGAGCUCUUGCAGUCUUGGGGGACUAAAGAUCAAGUCUGCAGUGGCUGACUGGCUUCCCUCACCUACUUCAGUGCUGGAAGAGUUUGAUGGACGUGAAAGGCUGUUUGCCAGACUGUCAGUGCUAUACUCAGUCAUGUAUGUCUUGACACAUGGCACCCUGGUCUGUACAUAGUGCCUGCUGUCAGAUAUAGGUUUCGUUAUGUAGCUUUGGUGGACAGUCAGUGAAGGGAAUGUCUUGUCUUUUUUAUACCUGUUGGUUUGUUUUUUAUUUUCAUUUUUUUCAAACACAGGAGAGUCUUGUUGAAACAAAGUGGGAAAGCGGUACAGCCCGGGCUGUGUACAGUGGACAAUGUUUAUAAGUUAGUGCCUAAAAGCUCAAAGGACGAACAAUUCUGCCUACAUACAGGCCACAUAUAUUGUAGGUUAUUCAUUGGGGAUUGCAAUAGAAGGCUGCCACUCUGGAUCAAGAAAACUUGUCCCUCGUGUCUGGUUGGAGUAAUACUCUCAAGCCAAAAUCAAUGCCUUCAGCGCUGGCUGUGUUCGCCUGCCGACCCAACUCGCAUCCAUUCCAGGAGCGGCAUGUGUACCUGGAUGAGCCAGUCAAGAUUGGCAGGUCGGUGGCUCGGUGUCGCCCGGCCCAGAACAAUGCCACCUUUGACUGCAAGGUUCUGUCCAGGAAUCAUGCCCUGGUUUGGUUCGACCACAAGACUGGCAAGUUCUACCUGCAGGACACUAAAAGCAGCAAUGGGACGUUCAUCAACAGCCAGAGGUUGAGUCGCGGCUCGGAGGAGAGUCCACCCUGCGAGGUCCUCUCCGGAGACAUCAUUCAGUUUGGUGUCGACGUCACUGAGAACACACGCAAAGUCACCCAUGGCUGCAUCGUGUCAACAAUCAAACUCUUCCUACCUGAUGGGAUGGAGGCACGCCGUCGAAGCGAUGUCAUCCAGGCUCCGUUACCACUACCUGUAGACAAGGUUGCAGCCAACACUCCCAGUAUGUAUUCUCAGGAACUGUUCCAGCUCUCCCAGUAUCUACAGGAGGCCUUACACAGAGAGCAGAUGUUAGAGCAGAAGCUAGCCACUCUGCAGCGUCUGUUAGCCACCACUCAGGAGGCCUCAGAGAGCAGCUGGCAGGCUCUGAUUGAUGAGGACCGUCUUCUCUCCAGACUGGAAGUGAUGGGCAGUCAGCUACAGGCUUACUCUAAGUCCCAGACGGAGGAAGGGAUCCGUAAGGAGCUCUUGGCUCUCCAGGAGGACAAACACAACUACGAGACGACAGCCAAGGAGUCUCUGAGGAGAGUCCUGCAGGAGAAGAUCGAGGUGGUCAGGAAGCUGUCGGAGGUGGAGCGCUCGCUCAGUAACACGGAGGAUGAGUGCACCCACCUGAAGGAAAUGUCUGAGAGGGGCCAGGAGGAGCUGAGGGAACUCGCCAACAAGUACAACGCCGCUGUCAACGAGAUCAAGGAGCUCACAGACAAAAUCAAGGCGGCGGAGGGCCGGCAGGAGGAGCUGACCCAGCGGGGGGCGACGGAGAAGAGGGAGUUGGAGCUGCGGAUCGAGGAGAUGGAGGAGAAGGAGCAGGUUCUCCAGGCUCGCAUCGAGGCUCUGCAGGCCGACAACGACUUCAGCAACGAGAGGCUCGCCGCUUUGCAGGUGCGGUUACAACAGCUACAAGAGAAAAGCAUUAAAGAGAACAACAGUCUGGAUGUCAACAUUGUCUCCCACGGACCAGUAGAGGAGCCUGUCGAGGACAAACAGAGCCAGCAGACACCCGAGAGCCACGAGGAAGACGAAGAUGAGGAGGAUACAGACACCGAUGAUGGUGCAGUUGGUGAAGAUGAAGAUAAUGAUGACAACUGUCAUGUAAACAACAGCGGAGGAGACUCGACUAGAAUCCAACAGUUGAUUGAGUGUCCGCCCGUCAAACAGCUGAAGGAGACUGUAAGUUCUUCAAUCCACAAACUGGCCAACUUUGAUGAAGUGAUGGACGCCCACCUACAGAACAACCAGACGGCCGAAGACGACAUCUUGGCCAGUCCUGAUCGACUCAAAGGGAAUCAGAUGGAUGCCAAAGAGUCAGACAUGUCAGACACUCUGAGUCCUAGCAAAGAUCGCAGCAGUGACGACACAUCAGAUGGCAACAUGGAUGACCAGGAGCUGAAUGAACCACAGAACAGAGUAGCUCUGCUCAAAGCUGAGUUGCAUCGGGCCGGUCUAGAGCCUGGAGACACGGAGCAGGUCAUCCACCAUCUCCACAGAGAGCUUCUGGAGGCCCAGGAAUUAGCCAACACCGGCAAGCAGAAAUGUCUGGAGCUCCAAGCUCUGCUGGAGGAGGAGAGGAGGAGUAACUCUCAGCUGACUGAGGAGUCAACCAAACAGAUCCAGUACCUGCAGACUCAGCUCGGGAAGCUGCAGGCUGACAUGGAGGCACUGAGGGAGCAGAGGGAGAGCACCAUCUGCACCACCAGAGAGGAGCUCUACUCCGCCCAGGAGGAGAUUCUCGUCCUGCGGCACGCCAUGGAGGCAGCAACGGCAGAGCGGGAGCGCGAGAUCGCCGCCCUGCAGGCCGACCUGGGCAGCGUGCGCUCUGAGCUGGAGCACUGGAGGAACACGGCUUCUAAGUACGAGGAGGAGAUCAGUCGGCUGCAGGAGGCCUUCACACAGCAGCAACAGCAGCAGAACACCGCCAACCAGCUGCAGGUGGAGUGUGUUGCAUUGCAGCAGCGGUGUGUGUGUUUGCAGCAGGACUGUGAAGGCCUGAGAGGUGAACGGAAAGCUCUUAUGGAAAAACUGCACCGCCUGGAGACUGAGCUGAGCAGCACCAGGGAGCAGAGUCUGGUCCUCAGCAGCAGUCUGGAGUCUCUGGAGAAGAGGGAGGAGGUUCUGCAGGAUAAACUGGGUUCUCUGGAGAACCAACACCUGCAGGACGCAAGCAGGCUGAAGAGCCAGCUGGACCAGGCCCAGGCCCGCACACACACACUGCAGAGAGAGUAUGAAGACACACAGUCGCAGCUGCUGGACCUCCGUCAGCGCUACGAGCGAACAGAGCAGGAGAAGCGGAACAUCCACCAGGAGCUGGAGCAGUGCAGGAGCAGCCUGAAGCUGCUGCAGGACAAGACCAGCUCUAGCGGCUGGAGCCCCUGGAUGCCGGUCAUCGCAGUGAUGGUCGCCGUGACGGCAGCCGUCCUCUACCCCAACCUCUCCAAGAGCAGCUCCACCUAGGACACAUGAACACACAUACAUAUACACACACACACAGAUAUAUACACACACACACACACACACACAGCGCUGUGAGGAGAGCAUCACUGCUUUACUUGUAUAAAGUCUAAUUGUACAUAAUUGUAGAGGGAAUAUAAAGGUUGUGGUUUCUACAGAGGAUUCAGAUGCUUUUUGUUUUAUUUUGUUUUUGUGUUUGUUUUGUUUUUCUGCGACGGGGAGUUUUGUUGUCGUUUUUAUUCUCGGCUCUCUCUCAGCUUUGGUGGGGGCUUUUUGGUUUUCGUCUCUCUGCUGAUUUCUGGGUAACAAACCGUUCUCCAGCAGGACAAGCUUCCACACAAAAAACCCGCCUGAGGUGACCUUCACACCCGUCCCAUCACACACGAGCAGGGCGGGGGUGAAUGCAACGCUUUCCAGCAGCACUCAGUGCAGUCAGGGGAACAUGAUCCACACAUCACUGAAAACUGACAGGUCUGCGUCAGUGCACUGUUGAAUACAUUUCAUUGGCUAUCAGCGUCUGUUAGGGGCCAGUGUGUCCCUGUAGCGCUGUCUGACCUGCUUUAACUGGGCAGUCACAGCUGCAGCGCUUCAUCAGUGUGUUUCAUCAACACUGAGGAUAGUUCCUGGGCAGGACUGACAUUUUAAUAUUCACUAUCUUCACCUUUCUCUCCACUUUGAAGCAGCUUUUUUCAGCUUUAAUUUAACUCAUGAAAUUCUUCAUUGUUUUCACUUUCGUCCUAAAAAUGUCUCUGACAUCUUCAUCAUCAUCUGUCUUUAUCGUUUCCUCAGAGCAGUAUGAUGACUUUUGGAUAUUAGCUGCCUAUAUACUAUAUUAUGCCUACAUGGUGCAUUUUCUUAAACAAAUUUGUCUUUAGUCAGAUGAUCACAAAUCAACUGACAAACAUCAAACUAGGGGCAGGAAGUGAUUCAGGCUAACUUUUAUUAUGAAUUCAAACGGUAAAAAAUUUAAAAACUCAAUCUGUAUCUGCUGGAAGUUAUAAUUCUCUUCCAUCAGUCCUAAAUUAAUCCAUUAAUUGUUGCAGCUCUUAUAUAAAUAACGUUUCCUGAGUGAAAGGUCAUCAGGGUCCCACUGCCCAUUUUUCAAAUGUAAUAAAAAGACAAUAUCUGCUGCAGAUAUCAGUAAACCAAUUAAGUAAAAUGCUGCUUUAAUACUUCAUGAAAGUCACCACAGAUGAAGCAGGAACAGUGAUGACGUGCGUCAGUUCACCUGGAUCAGUAUUGUAGUCGACCGUGUCCGAGUCUGCUGGGAAGUGUUCACAGAAAGGUGGUCCCAGGAAGUCCUGCUCUGUUGUGGUUUUAGUCGGCCAUGUUGGAUGUCUAACGUGGCGUUUUCUCUGUGUUUUUGUGUUUUUUCUUUCCGGGGCAGUUUGUGGGGUCGGGGUUGAAACUUGAAGCCAAAUUAUUAAAAUAAAAAUCAGAUUUAUUUUCUUUGUUUUUUUUUUUUUUUUUUUUAUUAUUAUUUUGGGGACACAGAAAAGGGGGUCAAAGUGCCUCUGAUGUAACUAACACCACAGUUUGUGUAUGUGUGCGGGCAAACGCAACCACACACACACACACACACACACACACACACACACACACUAUCCUUGAUAAACACACACAAACCCACACACUUAUCUUAUUAGACUGUCGGAGGUCUGUCAGUGUUGAGUGUGGAGAGAAGCUGUAAUCCACAAUGCCUUACCAGCUUUUUCUGAAGCUUUCGGCUGCUUCUCAUGGCCUUCAAUGGUGCAUAGCGUUAGCUUGCUAGGUUGGUUCACGACAGCUGAACCGCACCGAUGACAGUUGAUCAAACUGCACUGAUGAAGUCUGUGAGAUGGGGGGGGGGAUUGAAAGCUCAGAAAAAAGCUUGUAAGGGAACCUUGAGUCAAAAUUUAGUCAAAUCAUGAUUGUGGCUUCAUCAAUAAUUUCCAUCAGCUGGAUGAUGAUUUUUAGCCACGUUAGCGUCUCUUUAGAACGACUGCGUUUAGGUCUGUUGGCUCAGCACUCGGUCCAGAUUGAAAUAUCUCAGCAACUCCUGGAUGGAUUGAAACUUGGUUCCCAGAGGAUGAAUCCUAACGACUUGGCUGAUUUUCUGACUGAACAUCUAGCGCCACCGUCUGGUCAGAAUGCCAACGUGUCCAACUCUUGAGUUCAUGACAGGAUGACUCAAAAACAACUGAAUUCUCAUUAUUAUAUUAACUGUUCGUAUAUUAGUAAGUCACUCCGCAGGGUUCCCUUUAAGCUACAGUAGAUUUCAGCACAAAGUACAAUCGGAGAUGUCCUAAUCGCCUCCAUGCAGAGGAUAACGCCACGUUCGUGUCUACCCCGAGUUUUUGUAAUCGCCACUUUUUGAACUUCAGGUCAACAUCCAAUAAUUAUGACCAGAAAACUCAUAUUUUUGUGAAAGCUUACAAACCAACAGUGCUUAAUGAAUGGGAAUGUCAAAUGUCAUUUAAUCCAUAAAGUUAACUGAACACACUUGUAAUAGGUAUAUAGUGCUAUAUUGUCAAAGUAGGGUAUUUUCUUUUUUAACCCUCACACAACAAACAUGAGUCUUUCCCAUCUCUACCAUCCAUCCCAUAUGACAAG